UAAUGAAAGGAAUCUUCAUGAUAUUGUUGCAGCCCUUAAGCUUAAGCAUGUAAGAAGACAACUGCUAUCUGGUGUGGUGACACAGGCCUGCAACCUGAGAACUCCAAAAGUGAAGGCAUGAGGGUCAAAGACUUCAGAAGCCAAGCUAGGCUACAUACCGGGACAUUGUUAAAAAUCCAUGGCUGGGAAACCAACCAGCUCAACCAUAGAGUGCUUGUAUAUUAUUUACAAAGCCCUGGGCGUCAUCCUUAGUACUGAAGCUUGGGGAGGAGGGAAGCGGGAUCGUCUUCAGCAUGUCAAGUCCACAACAAACAACAACCGCUAUGUCGAAGAAUUACUAAGAAGAGAAUUGGGGCUGACAGUCAAUCAUCAAAAGUUAAAAAUCUCCGUUAGGCUUACCUACUACAGGUUUAGCAAAUGAGAGCUGCAGUUACAGUCACAACUCCAAUUCAUCUGUGACCAAAGAGCAGGAUGGAACGCAAAGACAAGGAAAUGGGAAAACAUGAACUAAUAAAGACAAAAGUGGAGAUUUUUCAAGAUAGGGGAUUCUUAGAGAAGGAAGGAGGGGUACGUAGGAGAAUGCCAGAAAACACCAGCUUCAGACCCCUGACCAGGUCUUGCAAAGCCAAGGACCGCCCAGCGACCAACUCCGGGCGGAGCGGAGACGUGAGGGCGGGGUUUCUAGACGCCCGGUCCCCGCCGGAGGCCGUAAGGGGGCGGAGCUUCCUGUCGGAGCAAUCCCGGUUACCUCCGGAAGAGCAGCCGAGCCGAGCCGAGCCGAGCCUUCGGACGCCGACAGUUGGGCAUCGCGGGGCGCUCGCGCGAGAAGAUGGCAGACCCGUGGCAGGAGUGCAUGGAUUUUGCAGUAACCCUCGCGAAAGAAGCCGGAGAGAUGGUUCGUGAAGCUCUGAAAAAUGAGGUGGAUGUCAUGAUUAAAAGUUCUCCAGCUGACUUGGUAACAGUCACCGACCAAAAGGUUGAGAAAAUGCUCUUCUCUUCUAUAAAGGAAAAGUACCCAGCUCACAGUUUCAUUGGUGAAGAGUCUGUGGCAGCUGGGGAAAAGACAGUCUUCACAGACAAGCCCACGUGGAUCAUCGAUCCUGUUGACGGAACGACUAACUUCGUGCAUAGGUUUCCUUUUGUAGCUGUUUCGAUUGGCUUCGUUGUAGAUAAACAGAUGGAGUUUGGAAUUGUGUACAGCUGUGUGGAAGACAAGCUGUAUACGGGAAGGAAAGGAAAAGGCGCCUUUUGUAAUGGUCAGAAGCUUCACGUCUCAGAGCAGGAAGACAUUACCAAAUCCCUCCUGGUAACUGAGGUGGGCUCCUCCAGAAAGCCUGAGACUUUGCGGAUCGUUCUCUCCAACAUGGAGAAGCUGUGCUCCAUUCCCAUCCACGGAAUCCGGAGUGUCGGAACAGCUGCUGUUAAUAUGUGCCUUGUGGCAACUGGAGGGGCCGAUGCCUAUUAUGAAAUGGGGAUUCACUGCUGGGACAUGGCAGGAGCCGGCAUCAUCGUCACUGAAGCAGGUGGAGUGCUUAUGGAUGUCACAGGAGGACCAUUUGAUUUGAUGUCUCGGAGGAUAAUUGCUGCAAACAGUAAAGCAUUAGCCGAAAGAAUUGCCAAAGAAAUUGAGAUAAUACCUUUACAAAGAGACGAUGAAAGUUAGUCCUAAAGAACAGUGUCCAGCUUUGUCACAUUCGCCGUCCCUGGAUGUUAAGAUGGAUGAUGUCACUGACUUAAAUUUAUCUUUGAGGUCCUGAUUUUAAAAUGGGAACUUUUUUUUUUUUUUUUUUUUUUUUUUUUUUUUUUUUUACAGAGGACAUAUUCAAAAUAGGGUGGCAUAUUUGAUUGUUGAAAGAAAAUUUGCAUGUGAUAAUAUUCUUGGGGAAAAUAUACAGAAAGUAUAAUUAAUGAACUAGCCAUUGAAAUAGUCCCCAGUCCAUAUGAUCCCUUAAACUUUAAUGUACUGUUUAUAUGCACAAUUCUCAAUUAGAAACUUUUCUUUUUGUGUAAGUUUUCCUCUUUGUUCCAGAAGCCAUAUUUAAUGAAGCUUGUAAGGCUCUAACAAGCAGGCUCUCUCCUUGUAGAGAGCCUUUUUGCUUUAUUUUAUUUAUUUUUAUUUUUAUUUUUUCCUUUUUGUUAAUCACUGUAGUAUAGCACCUGGCACAGUACCUGUCAAGCAGCAAGCAGUCUGAAAUCGGCACCUUGCAGUGACCACUUGAAACUACAGCCCCUGCUUAUAAUGGGCCAUGAUAAGAUAACCAUUCUACUUUUGCUUCCUGUUUUGAAGUGAAAGUUACCUCACUGUCCUUUUUGUAUUUCAUAGGGUCACACUGCAAGAGACGAUUGCAUAUUGUGGGCAUUUCUGCAGUUAGGAUAUUACUGUGUGUUGUAGGUUCUGCUUAAAACCCCUGUGCUAGAAAGAAAUUUUCACAGAACUCUUCCAUGUAUUUGGUGUAGUGUAACAUUUUACUAAAUGCAGUAUUGACAUUCACAUACUUACACUGGUUUUGGCUGUGCUGACAGAUGUACUGUGGCGUUAAUGGUGAGAUAUUUGAUUUCUUUCCAAAUUUCUUGCUUAAUUUCAUCACUGCUAUCUGUAUAUUCUACAAGGGUCUUGAACCUCUCAAACUCAAGAAAAUUUAAUGGCUCAUAUUCCUUUUUAAAGGAUUAAUUUUUUGUCUAGCCUUGACCCUUGGCAUAUGAACAGAUGUUUUAUUGUUAGUGUGUUUGAACUUUGUAUUUAAUAAAAUGAAGUGUUCUUGUAAGUUUCAAGACAGGUAUCUUAUUAUUGGGUCAUUUAAUACAUUGAAUGUGUAUGAUACUCUAAUUUGAGCGCUGUAAUUACUGUAUUUAUGCUGUUAAUUACAUGCGUUUAAAAUGUCACAUACCAUGUAAAUUCUAUUGCAAGACAGGCUGUUUUUGCAAUUAAAUUUAUUUUAAUUAAGACUAUUGAAAAUAC